CAUUGCGUGUCUUAGCUGAUUUCUUCGGGCGCAAAGCGUAAUUUAGGCGAAUCUUUAUCAUAGCAACCUCAUUACCUAAUCUUUUCUAAUCUUAAAGCUUCUGCCGAGUAGCAAUCUGUACGAAGCUUACUAACGCCUCGGGAAACUAUAACAAAUUUAUUCCAAAAUUUGGUGACGUGAUGGCUGACUGCCUCCACAACGAACAUCUGUGUACCAACCAGAGCGUCCCUUUACAGAAUGCCUUUUCUGCCCCAGCGGAAACGGAUUACGCUCAUUUCGGCAACACGAUCAACAGUUUGCGUGCUGCCGGAACGCUGUGUGAUGUUGUGGUAAAAGGUAUGGAGGUUUCAGCCCGCGGAAUCCCGUGUCAUCGGAUCAUUCUGUGCGCACACAGUUCAUACUUCCGUGCCAUGUUCACCAUCGGAUUGAAAGAGUGCCAUGAGGAGACAGUUCAGCUGCGGAAUAUAUCCAGCAAAAUCCUGCAAAUGGCGAUUGAUUACAUUUACUCGUCCCCCAUCAUCAUCGAUGACGCCAAUAUUCAGGAACUCCUUGCCGCUGCAGUUUUCUUGGAUAUUCAUUCCUUAGCCAAUAGGUGCUGGGAGUGCUUGGCCCACCGACUAGAUGAGACGAAUUGUCUGUUUGUUUACUGCUUACCUCAUGCUCAGACGAACAGACCUUACCUGAUGGAACGAGCAAAGGGUUUGGUUUUUCGACAUUUUAACGACAUCUCCCAUAGCCAAGCGUUUUUGGAGCUCAGCCUAGAAAAGAUAAUCGAGAUCAUCAGUUCGGAUGAUUUAUGCGUGGAGCAAGAGAACGAAGUUUUGCAUGCUGUCACCCGCUGGUUACACCAUGACCUGGACAAUCGUCGGCCGCAAUUUCACGAAGUUCUGCAGUUUGUUCGGCAGCCAUUUUUGACGCACACGUGUCUUCAGUCCUAUAACCUUCUGAAAAAAUACGCAAAUGAAGACAAAAUACUCGGAAAGCCUACGCUUGAUCUGGAUCAGAUGGACGAAUCUUUACCUGGCACGACAGAAGCGCAUUCUUCGCAGAAUCAUUCAAGAAAGCUGUACGGUUCAAAUACAGUCGUCAUUUGUGCUGGAGGCUGCGCUCGUGGCGAAAAUGCCCUGAACUGUGUAGAGUGUCUGAAUCCCACGAACCUGUCGUGGUCACAGUGGAAGCCUCUGCCUAACGAAGUCUACAGUCCCGGCCUUGUGAAUUUGGAUGACGGAGCAUUACUCGCAUGCGGCGGUUAUGAUCCUACUUUGGAGAAUCCCAUAAACAACGCUUACCUAUACGAUACCAGUCUCCAUAAUUGGAAGGAAAUCGCCGGAAUGCAGACAGCGCGGGCUUACCACGGUGUCGCAUUCCUCAAUGGCUUUGUUUAUGCUAUCGGCGGGAACAAGAAAGGCUCGUACUGGCAGCACCAGCUGAGCAGCGUCGAGCGCUACGAUCCUUACAUCAAUCAAUGGGAAACCAUGGCUAGUUUACCAAUGCCACUGUCCUGGUUGGCCGCUGUGGCUCAUAAAGGUCGUAUCUACACUUUUGGAGGUCUGACAAAAUCGGGGUCUGCGGUGAAUGGAGUAUUCUGCUAUAAUCCCGUUAGUAAUUCCUGGAGUAAAGUGGCGGCUAUGCCCACCGCGCGUUUUGGUGUGUCGGCUUGUGUCGGGCCGGAUGGGCUUCUUUAUGUCAUCGGUGGUCAUCAUGGGGAUUUUGGGGAACACGAAUUCGGUUGUGUCGAAGCAUACGACGUCGGUGCCGAUCGAUGGUUUAGUAAAAACAGCAUGAACAAGGAGCGCUUCAAUGGAAGGAGUGUAUGUGUGAAGGAUUAUAUUUACGCUCUGGGAGGAUGUAUCGGCAGCGAUUACGGGGAUUCUGUUGAAGUGUAUGAUCAUGUGACAGAUUCGUGGACGGUACUAAAAGCACAAUUGCCGAGCGGGAGAAAUUCCUUUGGAUGCGUAACUAUGCGCGUUAGGAAGCCAGUACGAAAUCGGGAUCCUAUUUUCGGGAUAUUCAAGGCUUCAUAUUACGCUGGCACACACCAUACGCGGACGCCAUUUGUUGUGGUUCCAACGUUUUCCAACAUCCUUGGCACUGGAAAUUCCUCUCCGAUGUUGUAUCAUUAGAGGCUGCGCACGGUGAUUGUUUCUCGUGACCACACGUAAUCUUUACGAAAUGCGAGUUUUCAUGUGCCAGCCGCAGUAGCGGUUGCAGUGCUUUGCUGGUACAGAGAUCACCGGUUAACAGCAAAGGAUUGCCUCCCAAAUCCACUGUGACGUUUGUGGAAUGCUGUAGGACAUUUAUUAAAUCGUCUGGGAUCGAUGGGAUUUUGUUUCCCGAAAGAUUGAUGUAGAUUAAAUGGGAAAUAUGUAGCGGUGAGGAAGCUGCGAGGGCGGUGAUGGCGUUUUCGGGGGCGUCUAAAACCUAGAAAAUAGUUCAAGGUAAUUAGAAAAAAUUUAUGAUGAUUCAACUCAGUUUCUUUCCACAUUUAGUAGCCAGUACUUCUUAUCUAAGCAAGGUAAUUAAUUUCAAAUCUGCGCUCCAAAUUUGUGAGAUUUUCUUACAGUAUCUAUAAAGCAAAAUCGCACGUUU